AUGGGGUUCAACUUCACCAGUCUGCGCGAUCUGGAUCGGACGGAUGGUACGGUGGUGCUACAGCAAGCUGGGUAUGAUGAGAACGCGCCAGUAGACAUUGUUCUCUACCCGCAGCCUUCGCCGGUCGACCCUAACGACCCUCUCCGCUGGCCUCGAUGGAAGAAGCAUGUCGCAUUUGCUUCGGUUUGCGCCUUCACGUUUUUGACAAACUUCGCUAUCGGAGGCUUAGCGCCAGCGUUCUACAUCCUCUCGAUCGAGUUCGACAAGUCAAUGGACGAGACUUCGCAUCUGCUCCUAUAUCCCAUUCUGGUAUUGGGCGCGUUCAACUUCUUCUGGGUGCCGGUCGCCAAUUACGUCGGAAAGAGGCCGGUCUUCGUAUUCGCCAGUGCCCUGCUAUGCGCAUGCUACGUAUGGGGUGCCAUGGCAAAUUCGUUCCAGAGUCUUUUAUGGAGCAACAUUAUCGCGGCGUUUGCAGGAUCUUCUACAGAAGCGUUGGGCGCGGCGACUGUCAACGACCUGUACUUUUUGCAUGAACGAGGCAGCAAGAUGGGCAUCUACAUGAACGCGAUCGCAGGAGGCAACACUCUGGGACCGCUCAUCUGCGGCUUCAUUGUAACGAACCUCAGUUGGCGUUGGCACAAGUGGAUCGCUGUGAUUCUGACGGCGCUGAACUUUCUCACCAUCCUGUUGUUUGUCCCUGAAACGCGAUACACGCGUGAAGAGAUUAAAGGCGUCGGUGUGGCAAUCUGCCCAAGCAGCGAUAAGAUCGUCAUGGCAGAUGAGAAAUACCUCCGGCCAAAGUCUAGCAACCGAAUUCUGCACCAACAUGCAAAGAACACUUGGAAGCAAGAAUUGAGCCUAUGGAGUGGAGUUUCAGACACGAGUCUGCCGAAGAUGUUUCUAAGGCCGUUUCCAAUGAUCGUAUAUCCGGCAGUCAUAUACGCAUUUCUAUGCUACUCCAUCUCUUUAGUUCUCACUGUCGCGGUCAACAUUCUCAAUCCGUUUGUGCUGCAAGCUCCGCCAUACAAUCGGAGCCCGCAAAUCAACGGACUGAUCAAUAUCCCGGGUAUUGUGGGCAACUUGAUUGGUGCUUGGGCAGGAGGCAAUCUCGUGGACAUCUGGUGCAAGCGACGGACACGAAGAAUGCUCGGAAUCUUCGAGCCAGAAAGCAGGCUCUAUCUGGUUGCCAUCCCACUCGUGAUCACAACAGCAGGCUGUCUCGUGUUCGGUUACGGUGUGCAGAACCAAUUAUCAUGGGUAUCGCUCUUCUUCGGGUAUGGCAUGAUUUCACUCGCCUUGACUGCCGUGCCGACGAUCACAAUGGCGUAUGUCAGCGACUGCGCAUUGCCGGUAAACUCGGACGUCCUGCUAAUGGUGAACGGGCUAAAGAACAUUGUGGCUUUUGGCUUUCUCUAUGGCGUGGUGCCAUGGGUUGAAGAGGCGGGUUAUGUGAACGCUUUUGGUACUAUGGCCGGUGUCUUUGCUGGCAUAGUUGGUAUUGGUGCUGUGUUGCUGGUCAUCUAUGGCGCCACUGUACGCCACACUUCAGCACAAUGGAAGGUUAUCCUGGAAUGA